AUGUCGCAUAAAAGCUCUAAGGAAAUCAGGAGAGUAAACAUUUCUAGCUCCUUGGAGUCUGAAGAUAUUAGCUUAGAAACCACAAUACCAACCGAUGAUGUUUCUUCCUCUGAAGAAAGAGAAGGCACUGUUAAAAUCACUAAGCAGCUGAUUGAACGGAAAGAGUUACUCCAUAAUCUUCAGCUGCUUAAAAUAGAAUUAUCUCAGAAAAACUUGAUGAUUGACAACUUGAAAGUAGAAUAUUUGACAAAGAUUGAAGAGCUGGAAGAGAAGCUUAAUGAUGCAAUCCAUCAAAAGCAGCUGUUGUCUUUACGACUGGAUAGUCAGCUGGCAUUACAGCAAGAAGAUGCUAGAAAACAUCAGGCUCUGAUGAAACAAGAAAUGGAAACUAUUUUAUUGAGACAGAAGCAACUGGAGGAAAUGAAUCAUCAAUUAAGGGAGAGGGCUGGAGAUAUUCGUCGUAGCUUGCGAGAUUUGGAAUUAACAGAUGAAUGCUAUGAGAAGCUAAAGUCUCUUCCUGAAGAUCAGCUUUCUAUCCCUGAAUAUGUUUCUAUCCGAUUCUAUGAAGUAGUCCAUUCCUUAAGAAAAGAGCUAAGUGAUCUACAGAUGAAAAAGGAGAGCCUAACAGAAGAACUAAAUGGGUACAAAUCCCAAAUGAAGUGUCUGACAGAGAGCUAUGAAGACGAGAGGAGGAAUCGGUCAGAACUUGAGGUUAGAUGCCAGCGUUUAACACUGGAACUGGCUGAUACCAAGCAGAUGAUUCAGCAAGGUGAUUACAGACAAGAGAACUAUGAUAAAGUAAAAUGUGAACGUGAUGUAUUUGAACAUGAAUUGUCAGAACUCAGAAGAAAAUAUGAAAUAUUAGAGGUGUCACACAAAGCGCAAGCUAAAGAAAGAAAUGACUUAUCAAAAGAGCUGGCAACUAUACAACAAUCCCUCAACUUAUUGCAAAAAGAUAAAGAUUAUCUUAAUCGUCAGAAUAUGGAGCUUAGUGUUCGCUGUGCACAUGAAGAAGAUCGUCUUGAAAGACUUCAGAUGCAGCUAGAGGAUGCCAAAAAAGCUAGGGAAGAAAUGUAUGAAAAAUAUGUUGCAUCCAGAGACCACUAUAAAACAGAAUAUGAAAAAAGACUGCAUGAUGAGUUGGAACAAAUAAGGUUGAAAACAAAUCAAGAAAUCGAGCAACUAAGAAGCACUUCAAAAGAGAUGUAUGAACGUGAAAACAGAAAUUUGAGAGAAGCAAGAGAUAAUGCUGUCGCUGAAAAAGAAAGAGCAAAUAUUGCUGAAAAGGAUGCUUUAAGAAAAUAUGAUCAACUCUUAGAACAGUAA